UCUCAGCGGGAAACCAAAAUGGCGAACGUGUUGGGGGAGAGGGAACCGUUUGUAAUCUUUUAACAUUUUUUUUUUCUCUCCCCGAGUCCGGAAACCAUUGAACAAAAAGGAGGGGACUGCGGUUCCACGGUUGUAGAAGGCAGUUUUUUUUUAUUUGGACGAGAGAACCGGGAGUUUCGCAAAGGCCGAAUAUUUUACUGUAUGAAACGUUUUGACCGGGUGAAGUGACCGAAUGAGAGACGCAACGGAAGUAGAGAAUUUGUCUCUCCACAAAAAAGCACAUUCCAACAGAAACCAUAAGACGCCUGUGACCGGGGCUAAACUGUCUUUUAAGGAUGGGCAGCGAACAAAAAAGCUUGCAAGCAAAUUUGAGGAGGGACAAGAUGUCCUAGCCAGGUGGUCCGAUGGCUUGUUUUAUCUCGGAACUAUCACCAAGAUAAACAAACACAAACACCGCUGCUUUGUCGUCUUUGAAGACCGCUCGAAAUCCUGGGUUCUCUGGAAGGACAUACAAACUGGAGCCAGCAGUGGAGGGGAGAUGGUCUGUACAAUAUGUCAGGAAGAAAACUCGGAAGCUCCAAACGAGAUUGUCAUCUGUGAUAAGUGUGGGCAAGGUUAUCACCAGCUGUGCCAUGCACCAAAUAUCGACUGCAGUGUUAUUGCUUCAGAUGACAAGUGGCUUUGCCGGCAGUGUGUGUUUGCAACUACGACAAAGAGAGGAGGUGCUCUAAAGAAAGGACCGAAUGCAAAAGCCCUGCAAGUCAUGAAACAGUCAUUACCAUAUACGUUAGAGGAUCUUGUCUGGGACGAAGGCCAUAAAACAAAUAUCCAGCAAUGUUACUGCUACUGUGGAGGCCCUGGAGACUGGUAUCUGAAGAUGCUGCAGUGCAGUAAAUGUAAGCAGUGGUUUCAUGAGGCUUGCAUUCAGUGUUUCCAGAAGCCAAUGCUUUAUGGGGAUAGGUUCUAUGUGUUCAUAUGUUCAGUUUGCAAUUCCGGACCAGAGUACCUCAAACGUCUGCCUUUGAGGUGGGUAGAUGUAGCACACCUGAGUCUGUACAACCUGAGUGUUAUUCACAAGAAGAAGUAUUUUGAUUCGGAGCUGGAACUGAUGGCGUAUAUUAAUGAAAACUGGGACAGACUACAGCUGGGAGAUCUUGGUGACACGCCAAAAUCUGAACGAUAUGAAAGUAUUCUUGAAGCUCUGAACAAAAACAAGACUAUGUUUAUGUCUGGAAAGGAAAUAAAGAAAAAGAAACACUUGUUUGGGCUGAGAAUCCGCUUUCCACCUGCUCCUCAGAACACUGACUCAAGGGCUGACCGAGAGCCUGAGCGGGCUUCCCAUGAGAUCAAAAUUAAAGGCAGGAAGUCCACAAAGCCUAUCCCCGACACCAGUGAGAUGAUGAAUGGAGUCGUUAGAAAGGGAAAAAGAAAGCAUGUCAGACACUCGCUUGAAACGGCUGCAAAACUCAGACGGUCAUCCGCACUGCCAGCCCAGGGCAAUGAAAAAAUUUUAGUGUCGGAGAACAACACCUUGGACCUUCUUUCUUCUAAAAGCAGGACUGACAAAUCGGCACAGUCUUCAAGUACCUCAGACGUGGAAUCCAUUGGUGCAACAAGUACCACUGAAACUACCUCAAGUACUUCAAGGCAGUCAAGCUUGUGCAGCUCGCGCAGGAGGACCCGCACGGGCAGGCUGUGGCCGAUUGCCCUGCCGCCCCUGAGGCGGGGGCGGAGACGAGCGCAGCGCCCCCCCCGGAGGGCGCUCCAGCCCCCCAACCCCGAGAUCCCCAGGGAGCAGGAGUCCAAGGACCAGUGUCCGUUCCCGGGGCUCAACACAGACAUUGUCCACAACAUGGACCAGGACAUGCAGCUCAGUCACCUGAAGAAUUCGAUCACUAAUUACUUUGGCGCUGCAGGGAGAAUGGCCUGUGGGGAGAAAUACCGGGUUCUGGCCCGGCGGGUCACCCUGGAUGGGAAAGUCCAGUACCUGGUGGAAUGGGAGGGCGUUACUGCAUCAUAAGCUUAUUUGCUCCCACCUGCAUUUAGUCCUUGGAGGCACAUAAUGCAGCCGAGAAAUAAUUAUUUAUGCCAGUGAUCUUCUUUAUUCUCCCUUUUUUUUUUUUUAAUGCUGAAGCAUAUUGAUUAAACUAUACAGACCAGGUGGGUAAAUGUGAAUUCCAGGCCCAUGUUGAAUCGAGACCUAUUGUGCUCCUGUAGGUGUUUUGAAUAGUGGCUGUCGUGGUGCAAUUACUCUUAUUUAAUCUGGAUCUGGGAUGAGAUGGUUUCAAGCUUUGUUUUCAUUUACCUCUGAGAUCGAACAGUGCAAUUUGACUGCAGCUUGCUAUGCCAUCGUCUCCGUCUGCACAGUGUAAAUGUCUUGGUUAUAGAGUGUCUUAAAAUAAAACUAUAGCUGAAUAUGCUGCUGCAUGUAAUUUUAUUAUACCUGUCUGUAGAUUUUUUUUUCUUGUUUUAAUAUGCCUUUAAUUGAGAGCAAUCACUUUUGAGCACAAUCUCUGAUUUAAUUUUCUCCCUGGGUGCACAUCAGGAGCUAUGAUUUCCUUUAGCCUGUUAAUUGGAUACAUGUUUUAUUUCCAUCUGAAUGUGCUUUCAUAUUUACAGCAUGUGAGCUCAUGGAAACAAACGGGAAGUCUCAUGUUGCUUUCAACUCACUGCCAGUGGCAACUGAAAACAAGGCAUUUAUUGGUUUGUACUGAAGGUUUAUAGCAUUCUUCUGAAACUGGCAAUUAGCAGUGUUAUUCACUAGUUUUUUUCUUCACUUUGUUCAUCUGUACUGGGGAAACAAGUACGUUUCUCAGACUUGUACAAUUCUAAAUAAUUCAAGAAUAAUAGCAGUUACAGCAUUGUUGAGAUGCAAAAUAUUAAGAUUGUGAAUCAUUUGUAGGGAAUGAUCUGGAGCAUAAAUAGUAUUAUAAAUCCAUGUCGUAACUAUUUUAUUUGCAGACAACUCUUUUGUAAGUACUAAAGUUGUAGCACAAGUUCAAUUAAUUUGUCAUGUAUGAGUAGCUAGCUCAUAAAUCAUGUUUUUCAUUGUUAAAAAAAUCAGAAAAAUAGGCAUUUUUGAUGUAGCUAACGCUUUGUUUCCGUUGUUUUGACGGAGUGUUUAAAUUGGUUCUAGAGAACACCUAAUACUUCUCGAGAAUCUGCAGUUUGGGAUAUUUUCUGUAUUUUCUAAUAGAAUUCCAGAUGUUAUAUUCGGACUGUGUGGUUUAGAUGUUCCACUAAUACGUGCGCUUCAGUGAGCUGGUAGCGAGACAUUUCAGACCCCCAGAAUCAUGGUAUCCUUUUGGGUUGCGUUGAUUGUGCUCCGUGUCAGAGCCAUACUCGAAGCGUAUGGAAUAUGAAAUCUAGAGUUGACCCAGCCUUACAGAAUCAGUUUGAACCUUCUGUUGAGCUCAAUACUUGUGCAUUUUGUACUUUAGUAUCCGCUUCCUAUGCAAUUGAAAAUAUUAAAAGAACUUUAACAUUUGGUUGCUUACAAAAUGUAACAUCUUUGGCCAUACCUUUUCUUCAGGAACAGACGCAAUAUUUUGCAGUUUUCUCAGGCUCUUACCUACCGGUGCUACGCAUUGCUAAAGGGGUUAAAAAAUGUGCACUUAGUAUCAGUCUUUCACAGGUUAAGAUCGAGUUUGUGCUCUUUCAGUUUGACCUUUACUCUCAGGAUGUCAUCAGUAAAGUUACUGUGGAAUUUAAUUUUUUUAAAUGUUUUUAUAUAUGCAGUGGUAAGUUUUUUUUUUGUCAGAAUUAAUUUUCAUGGUGAAGCCCUGAGGUGUCUGACAGUAUAAAUCAGGCGAGGGUUUUCUUUUUAAAAAAAAAGUGUAGUGCACACAUUAUUGAUAUGGUAGUGAAUGCUGGAUUCACAUACAUCUCCAGCUAAAUUCACCAGCUUGUAAAUGGACACGCCUAGGUUUUCUGGCAAAAGUGUACCCCAGCCUUAAAAUAUCUAUGAAGCUUUAUUUCAUAGUUCUUUGUUAUAAUGGUCAUAGAACUUUUCACUGUUCAAUCCUGUAAACCCCAAGUUAACAUGUGCAACAUUUCUUCUGCUUGAUGUCCACUGUGUAGUUUUCUUAAUGUUCUCGAGUUUCCCUUGCUGUAUAUAAUGGUCAGUGUUGCUCUGCUGUUUCGGUAGGUUUGUUGGUAUGUAAUGUUUUACUGAAUGAACAGGGUUGUGACGAGGACAUUAUCCACUUGAGGCAGCAGUGUUGUACCUUGACAUUGAUACCUCUUCCUUUUUAAGAAAAAAUAAGGAUUUUUAUAUAUAUUUACAUGUAAAGAAGCUUUUUUUUCUGUCUGUUGUUGUGCCAGUGCUAGGUUCAAGCUUUUUUUUUUUUUGUUUUCUACUGGCUUCGAACAGGCUUUUUCAGCCAAAGAAUAAAAUGCCUAUAAAACCGUA